UCUCUCUCUCUCUAUAUAUAUCUACUCCAGUGGCUCUCUCUUUCUAUCUCUCUCUCUCUCUCCCCCUGUUACUAAAAUUUCCACAAGUACUUCAUAUAUGUGGGCCAAGAUUUCAAUCUAAUUUCAAUUUCAAUUUCAAUUUCGUUUGAGUUUGAUUCGAUUCGACUUUCGUUGACACCCUCAACACUUUUCACCCAAACCCACCAUAGAAUCGAUUCCACAAAUUAUAAAAGAUCCCAUCUUUUUAGUUUAUUAAUUUCUUGCUUGAUGGAAUUUAUCACCUCUGUUUUACUCAAGAAAUCAGUAGAGGAAUUAUUCCAGCUAUUUAUCUUCUGACCCUUUGAAAAACUGAUUGAAAAAAAAUAGAAAUUAGAAAAUGGGAUGCUUUGUAUCAACUCCAAAGGACAGCGGUGGAAACAGGAGAAGGCCAACAAACAUUGGAGAUGUGUCUGUAUUCGUACCAGGUUUAAGGAUUCCUAAGCCGGUCAAUUUCUCGGAUUCAUUAGGCGAUCACCUAACAAAAAGCUUAGUGGAACGCCUUUCUGCUCUUAGAACCAGGAUAGUUGUUAUGGCUGGGCAAGAAGGUCCCACAAUUACUAGAACAAGGCGGAAAACUCAGCACGGGGGGUCAACGCUCGGUGAUCUUCUUCAGGCUCUAGAAGAUUAUUUGCCGGUUCUUCUAGGAUUGGUUAAAGAUGGGAGUCCUUUGCAACAUAAAGUACAGUUUGUUUGGAUCAAUCAAGAAGAUGAAGCAGAGGAAACGGGAAUGUAUAGUGCUUGGUAUGAAGUACUAUCUGUUUUGCACUUGAUGGCAACACUAUCGUUAUCGCAAGCUAAUUUGCUGCUUCUUCCAAGAACUUCAAUUGAUGGUUAUCAGCCAAAGGUAUCAGAAGAGAGCCGUCGAUCUUCUGUUGAUGUUUUCUUAAAGGCAGCUGGUUACCUUGAUUGUGCUGUACGACAUGUCCACCCACAGUUGCCCAACGAACUCAGGAGAAACCUUCCAGUUGACCUUGCUGAAGGAGUUCUACGAGCACUUUGCCUCCAAGCACUAGGGCAGGGUGUUGAUAUUCAGCUUGGACUUGCUAUUGACAGUACAAAGGCAACACUUGCUGUGAAAAGAAGACUUGCGUGUGAGAUGGUCAAAUACUGGCAGCAGGCACAAGAUAACAUGAUGAACCUUCCACUAGCAAAUGGUUGGGGAGAAAAGCAUGCUCUUUUCGUCAAGUGGAAGUACGUCGAAGCUAAGGCGGGAGCAUACUACUAUCACGGUCUGAUACUUGAUGAGGGGAAUACGGAGAAGUCACAUGGAAUGGCUGUAGCUGCUCUUCAAGCAGCAGACGAGUAUCUGAAAGAGAGCAAAAAGGCAUCUGAAUCUUUUAAUGCAUCUGUUCCUAUAUCUAGGAAUCCUCCUCUGUGGGGAACCAUGAAGUAUCUGUCUGAAAAGAUACCAAAGGAUACUUGUAGCAAGGUGCGAAUCAACAAGGAUCUAUACACUUACGAAAGAAUAAUGGAAACGGCGCCAACAUUACCAGAUUUUGCAUUGGCAUUAAAACCAGAUGAAUAUCAGCUUCCUCUUGUGGAUCCCUCUUGGAACGACGAAUCAACCAAGAAUAAGACUGGAGAUUAAUUAUUUGCAGCAGCAGCAGCAGCAGCAGCAGCUCUAUCCAAAGUUUUCUUCCUCAUUGCAUAAGAAUGGUACAGUUCACCUUGUGAUUCAAAUGGUUGUCUUAAAAUCGUCACACCGGAAAAGAAAAAGAAAUAUUCGUUACGGUUGCUUUGAAUCAUUCCUGUUUUUUUUUUUUUUUUUUUUUUUUUUUGGUUUUUCUCCAGUUUUUAUGUGUAAUGUAGAGUGUGUGAAAGUAAAGAAGGGAAUGUUUUCCUUAGCCACAGUAACACAAAUAAUGAUAAUUUGUAUUAUUUUCAUACAUUCAAUCAAGUGAAGUUGCAUGGCAC